GCGCGGCGGCGAUGGCGAACGGCGAACAGGACAUGGCCACCGCGAAAUUGAUGGAGACGGAGGGGCUGAAGGUCCUUGCCGUGGACGACGAUCCCGUCUGCCUCCAGACCUUGACGCAGAUGCUUCGGCGCGGCGGCUACGAAGUGACGCCCAGCGCCUCGCCUGCAGAUGCGCUGAAAGAGGUGGAGAAGAACCCGCAUGGGAUCGACUUCAUCAUGACCGUCGCACAGACCCGGGGACGAGGGAUGGACGGCGUCGGCCUUGUCAAGCGCGUCGGGAAACUGUUCUCGGGCAACGAGACCAUGGAGACGAGGGAAAGGGCAAUGCAGGAAGGCGCUUGCUACUUGAUGGACAAGCCCCUACGUGACGUGCAGAUAUACUUCAUCUGGCAGCAAGUCGUGCGGUGGAGGCGCAAAGCCGCCGGCGCAGCCAUGGAGAACCCUAACCCUCGCCACACCCAGGGCGUCCAUCUGGAUGACACCCCAAGGAAGAGAGGGCAAGGAGUGAACGAUCCCAACAAGGGCAAGGGGGGCUCCGAGGGCGGCCUGCAGCUGGGGACCACAAAGAAGAAAAAGGUCGAGUGGACCCCAGAGAUGCAUGAAUUGUUCGUCAAUGCGGUCACCCAGCUAAAGACAACAGGAGAUGAGGAGCUUGUCGUCAUCAAGGAGGAGAAAGUAUCUCAUUCCGCAAUGACACAUGGAGAUGACGUACAUGACAUGUGCCAAGGGAGUCACGACCGCCAUGAUGUGGUUCAGAGUGCUUUCACCACUCUUGGUGACCAAUGGCCUCUUUGGUGGUGACUUCAGUGGAGCUGCUAAGUGGCUGCUGCAAAGGACCUGCUACACCUGCAUCAACAUAACAAGCGACAAGCUCAACGACGAUGUCUAUGAUCAUGAGUUCGAUUCAUCCAUUGACUUGUUAGUAAGCAUAGGAUCAAAUUUCUGGAGAAUUAUACAUUAGAAUUCCCCUUUGUAGAUUGGCUAUGUUCAAUUCAAGUUCAAAAUUUUAGUUGUAUAUUAAUGCAUGCUUGAA